AUGUUGAGUCAAGAUAAGGAAGAUGAGGCCCGACUGCUGGGAGCUGUCCGCCGCCCCUCAGGGGCGCUAGAAAUCAAACCGGGUGCUGGAAGAACGAAACCAAACCGGCCAAAGCCUGGUGCUUCUGGGGCAUUUCGACCAGCAGACCGUAUAUCGAAUUCUCGUCAAAGUGGGCCAGUUCGGGCUUCAAAAAAGGCCAAAACUCCCGAAACUUAUCUUAACCGCCACCAUCAACAUCUGCAGGACUUGCAAGACUUUCGCGACUCGAGUCGACCAAGCAAGCGACGGUGCCAUGACGUCUCGGGAACUGGUGAUGCCUCUCGAAAGAUCCGAACAGCCCCUGGCACGGUGGAGCCCUCAGCUUCUGCCAAUCACUCAUUCCGAACCUCUCCAGUCUCAAACUUCUCUCUACCGGGGACCAGAAACAACCGUCAGGCCCCUGUGGUCUCAGAAUUUCGAGGUGUAGAAGCCACGGUGGGCCGCAGCAGUCAACCGUACUCAAGGGGACGACUUUCAUCCAUUGCCAGCUUCACCGACGAAUCAUUCACAUUGGGAGCCGCAGCCCAGCGGCGAUCGUCGGUCUCCGCGCUUGACUUUACCGACAGAAACCUAGCUCUUCAUCAUUCCAAUUCACCCAGGCUGAAAAGAACUACACUUGGUACGAUCGAAAUGACAGAUUCCGAUUCGGUCCGCCACGACCAGCAUUCUGAGCACCUGCCAUCAUCGAGGAAAGUGCAACAUACUUUGGACCCGGACGACAGCCCCGAUGAACUCCAGGGCGAGGUGACCACACAGCCGCCUCGGAGACAAUUGCACCAGGUAGACCUCAUCAAAGACGGCCUGAAAGAGCUCGAGUCCACCCUGGUCUCCCCUUCACGGAAACGGUCCCCAUCUGACAUUGAGCCCACUCAAUUCGUGUCACGGCUCAACAAGAAGAGCAAAAAAACAAGACGAGAUCAAACAGACUCUGAGAAGCGCACAGCUUCCCUUCGGUACGUUCGAUUUGGUCUCAUCCAUAAGCUCGUCGAAGAUGGACGGGAAACGUCAAUUGAUGUGUGCCCUGAUCGGAUUGUUUUUGGGGCGAGUGUGACUGGCGGCAGACCAGAGGAAGUCUUGUUUCGCCACGUGAGGGCCAUUUUGCACGCUGCAGGAAGCCAGAAAGUGCGUCUUCAGCUGAGAGACUAUCAAAACGCUCCUGGUAAUAUUCUCGACAUGCAAUUCUCCACAACGGGCGACAGAGACUUUGUGAAAAAUCGAGUAGCGCAAAUGCAGGACCGCAAUACGAAAUGCGUUGAGAAAAGCUCAGAGUGGCUGGACAAUGCAUUUUCAAUUUACAACCAGGACAUGCGUCUACGUGCAAACUGCAGCAGACCUAUCGUGGAGGCUCAUUCGCAACCCCAAUCGUUGCCGUCCCCCGUCAAGCCUGCCUCGAAGGUAAAAGGAAAAAAGCUUUCUUCCAUGUUAGAAGGAUCCGCCAGUGAAUCUGAUAAACAGUUACAAAGUUCGGAAAAUGUUCGGUCAUCAGGCAUUUUGAAGACAACCGAACAGGCCGUAUCGAAUGCUCCAAAAUUGGAACAGCCACCGCUGGAACGGGAUGUCGGAGUUGAAAUUUCCGUCAAGAAGUUCAGUCCUCACAUCACACGAGAGCCCGAGAGCCAACGAGAAACGAGAACUAUGACGCGUCGGUCUCGGGGACUCACUGCCAGUGACCCUCUUGCUACUUCUGACACGUCUGACCUCGCCUUACAACAUGAUCCGUUUCGAAAGAAUUGGAAGAAGCCGCUGGUCUAUCCUAAAGUGGGCAAGAAGAAGGAGGAGGUCAACGUGGACGACCGUGAUCGGCUGCGCGAGAACCAGUUGUUGAAUGACAACUUGAUCGCCUUUUACAUACGCUUCUUGCAAGACCAUCUCGACCGCACCCGUCCCGACGUUGCCAAACGAGUUUACUUCUUCAAUUCGUACUUCUUUGCCACUCUGACAAAUAAGGGGCCUCGUGAGAUUAAUUACGACGCUGUUGAGAAGUGGACGCGGAACGUGGAUUUAUUCAGCUACGAUUAUAUUGUGGUACCCAUCAACCAGAGUGCGCACUGGUAUGUCGCGAUCAUCUGUAACCUACCUCGGCUGGUGCAAGAUGCAGCAGGGAGCCCGGAACCCAGCACAUCAUAUCAUAGGGAGAAAACUCCGCCUCAACUACCCGCAAAUGAUGCGGAAGAGAUUGCUGAAUCCCUGGAACCAGAGGUAAUGCCUGCUCCAUCGGGGCCUUCAGAUGGUGAGCCAGAAAAGACAGCUUCAACCUCUCCACCCUCGGAAAAGACAAUGCAGUCGCUCGAUUCGAUUACCACCAAAGACCGGACCAAGACCAUAUCCAAGGAAGAGCCUCCGACGCCGGUGCCAGGCGGAGUCGAGGCUGAGCCUGUCUCGGCCCGCAAAGCGCUUGGAUCUGGCCAGGAACGGUCUACUAGCAAACAACCGGGCAAGAGCAAGCCCAAAAAGCGACGUGGCGGCGUCAAGCUCAAUCCUGGUCAGACGGCGAUUAUCACCUUCGAUUCACUGGAUGCUCCGCGCUCCCCGACAGUCAAACUUUUGCGCGAGUACAUCUGCCGGGAGGCCGCAUCGAAGCGGAGGAUGGAGAUCAGCAACCCGAACAUGGAAAUCAAGGGAAUGCGGGCGCAAAACAUUCCGCUUCAACCCAACUACUCUGACUGUGGGCUGUACCUGCUGGCAUACUUGGAGAACUUUGCUCGCAACCCCGAUCGAUUUGUGACGAGAGUUCUUCAAAGGGAAAUGACCGUGGAAGAGGAUUGGCCUCCAUUAGCUUCAGGGCUUCUUCGAAUACGCAUGAGAAAUUUCCUCGACCAGUUGUACGAGGAACAGGGCGCUGAUCCCAAAAAUGGUCUUUUAGCGGAUCAACAACCGAUCUCCUUCCUUCUUGGAACCCCAAAGCUCGACGACAAUGACUCCAAUAAUGCACCACCCAAGGUGCAGGUGGCAAAGCCUACUGCAGGGUCGACUCAUGAGACUGAGACACGGGAGACUUCUGACAAGGAUCGUGGCCUGGCGCAGACAGAGCCAGCGGAUGACGAUACCGCUUUCGAUCUGCCUGUCCUGGUGCCCAUGGCUCCCGUCUCGGCGCCGAAGCGAACGGAGAAUUCCAAACCCAGCACAGUGUCCCCUGGGCAACGUGGUGUCACCCAUGACUCCGUGGAUAUUCAAGAGAUACCAGACAGUCAAGAGAUGGCGGCCUCGACGAUUCGAGAGCGUAACUCUGAUCGAGGGGAGAAUCAAAGGCUCAAGUCAGACAAGACAAAGACCUCACGAAGCGGCGGCCACGAAAGCAAGCCUGGUAUUUCUCGAGAUCACAAGCCCUCUGGCAAGACUGGUAAGGACAACCCACCAGCUCAACUUCCCCAGGUUGAGGUCCAAGUGCAGCCCGCAGUCCAAGUACCGCGCACUCCUCCGCCGAAGGAACCGAAAAAACUGGAGUCAAGGGUCAAGGAUUCUGUCCGGGUGGACUGA